AUGGUCAAGAGAAAGAGCGAGGAUGCACAGCUGAGCGCUCGUGCUACCAACGGNAAAGAACGCCAGAUUCGCAGAAGCAGCCAAACCCAGCAAGCCUGCAAGAAAAUCCACAUCGACCAAGCCACCAAANNGGCCUCCGCCAAACCUGCUGUCGCGAUCAAGGACACCAAGUCAGAGUCAAAGUCAGCAUCCGUCUCUAUCCAAGUUGUCACGGGAUCAUACGAGAGGGUUCUCCACGGCUUCGCUGCCACCGUCUCUGAGGAUGUCCUGCAGUCUGGAUCAUCAGAGGAAGAGCAGAAAGAGCCUACAUACUCGGAUACCUUCUUGUUUGCCGCUCAUUCGAGCGCCGUCCGUUGCCUAGCUCUCUCGGCACCCAACGAGGCUCACAAACGAGUGCUCGCGACCGGCAGUACAGACGAGCGCAUCAACCUGUUCAACCUCUCAACCUCUCCACCUCUUGUUAGCGACAAACCUCAACUUCCUAGUCUCUCGGCUACCAGCAUUAUCGAGAACCCGAGAAACAAGGAGCUCGGCAGUCUACUACACCAUGCGCGCAGCGUCAACAAGCUACAAUUUCCUACCCGGGGUAAGCUCUUCAGCGCAGCAGACGACAACACUGUCGCCAUUUCGAGGAGCCGCGACUGGACUGUGCUAUCAACAAUCAAGUGCCCUAUUCCCAAGGCUGUGGGACGGCCUAGUGGAGACACUGCUGGACCGGGAGAAGUACCUACCGGAGUCAAUGACUUUGCCAUUCACCCUAGCAUGAAGGUAAUGGUUACUGUGGGCAAGGGAGAGAGAUGCAUGAGACUGUGGAACCUGGUGACUGGCAAGAAGGCUGGAGUUUUGAAUUUUGACAAGACUUUGUUGCAGGCUGCGGGCGAGGGCAGAUACAGCAGCGGCGAAGGAAGGAAACUGGCAUGGGGUGAGGACGGUGAGGAGUAUGUCGUUGGUUUCGAGAGAGGAGCUGUGAUUUACGGCAUGGACUCGAUGCCCAAAGCUAUUAUCCGGCCUUCACCUCCUACUAAACUUCAUCAGAUGCGCAUCGUGCCCGCUGGUGAGGAACAUAGCAUCCUGGCAGUGUCGACCGAGGAUGGCAGAAUCAUCUUCUACGAUCUGAAGACAACGAUCGAGAGCGAAAAGGAGGACGAAGAAGUACCGCAGUGCGCGGCAUUGGGACAGUUGGGAGGCAACCAAGCGGGCUUCAGUGGCAGAAUCAAGGACUUUGAAGUGUUGCAGCACAAGGCAGGAGCACCACUGAGCAUUGUGACGGGCAGCAGCGAUGGCGCUGUCAGGCUGUGGAAAUGCAGUCUUUCAGAGAUUCUGGAGGGAGCUGGCACGGAAGAAGCAAAGGGCGCGGUGCGUCAAGUUGGCACGUCGAUAGGAACGCACGAGACCGGGCACCGCAUCACAUGCCUGGCCGCUUUUGUGAUGGAUGGCCCGGCGGAAGUGGCAGACGACGAGGAUGAUGAUGCACAGGACAUGGCCCAAGGAGCAGAGAGUGACAGCGACGACGAGUAG